AUGAUUGCUUACAUCUACGGUUUUAAUCGAUUUAUGAAUGAUGUGAAGAUGAUGUUAGGAAAGCGUGCAGCUGAAUAUUAUUUGUUCGUUACAUGGUGUAUCAUCGCUCCUGUUUUAAUCGUUAUCUUAACAUUGUCGAAAUUAGCUAGUUCGAAGCUGCUGGAACAUGGAGAUGGUGGUGGUUUUGCUGCGUAUGUUUUUCCUGAGUGGAGCCAUACACUCGGAUGGUUUAUUUUCGUAAUUUGUGUCAUACCCAUUCCACUGGUGUUUGUAGUCAACUAUAUAAAAGAAUAUCGCUCAAUCGAGCGAGACGAAGCUACGAAAUCAAUUGGUCCUGAGAGUCGCGAGUAUCUUUUGGAAGAAGACGAAUAUCUAACGAGACCUCGGUAUCUCGAAGCAUUUAAACGAAAUAAUUUACCACGAGACGAUUGGGGUCCAUUGCAUAGUGAUGAUCAUCAUGGUUUAUAUCGACAUUUAAAUGACGUUGCGUCGAUCAGUGAAGUGGAUUUUGAUUUAACGCGUCCCUCCGUUGUUGCCAGACUUGACAAUCAGAAUUUCGAAGCAAACGUAUCAGAUUGA